CCCUCGCCUAAUGAACUCUCCUAGGAAAGCAGGAGACCAGAAGGUGCCAGCCGAGGGGAGAAAAAAAUUGAGAUUAGUCUCUGUCCUGAUUCCCUGUCCCCACCUCUCUCCAUUUGUUCCUCCCUGUCCCUGCUGGACUCUCCCUCACUCCCACCCCCGCUUUAGGGGUGGAGCUUGGCUUCCCCGACAUGCCACAGUUAAAUGCUCCGAGCAAACGGAGGAGCAGGGCAGUGUGGUACAGAGCUGUCCCAGGCUGGGAGGCAGGACCAUGGCUGGCAAGAAGGUCUGCAUCGUGGGCUCAGGGAACUGGGGCUCUGCUAUUGCCAAGAUUGUGGGUAGCAAUGUGGCCCAGCUGGCACAGUUUGACCCUCAGGUCACCAUGUGGGUGUUUGAGGAGGAAGUCUCGGGCCAAAAGUUAACAGAGAUCAUCAACACGAAGCAUGAGAAUGUCAAAUACCUACCUGGGCACAAGCUGCCUCCUAAUGUGGUGGCUGUACCAGAUGUGAUCCAGGCAGCAGCAGAUGCGGACAUUCUCAUUUUCGUGGUGCCCCAUCAAUUCAUUGGCAAAAUCUGUGACCAGCUCAAGGGUCAUCUGAAGGGAAAUGCCAUUGGGGUGUCUCUUAUCAAGGGUGUGGACGAGGGCCCCGAUGGGCUGAAGUUGAUCUCUGAGGUGAUUCACGAACGACUGGGCAUCCCCAUUAGUGUGCUGAUGGGGGCCAAUAUUGCCAAUGAGGUGGCUGAUGAGAAAUUCUGUGAAACCACCAUUGGUUGCAAGGACCUGGCCCAAGGGCAGCUGUUGAAGGAGCUGUUGCAAACACCAAAUUUCCGAAUAACUGUGGUGCAAGAAGUGGACACAGUAGAGAUCUGUGGGGCCCUCAAGAACGUGGUUGCCGUCGGAGCUGGCUUCUGCGACGGAUUGGGCUUUGGUGACAACACGAAGGCCGCUGUGAUCCGGCUGGGACUCAUGGAAAUGAUCGCAUUCGCCAAGCUCUUCUGCAAGGGCUCGGUCUCCUCGGCUACCUUCUUGGAAAGCUGUGGGGUUGCUGACCUUAUUACCACCUGUUACGGGGGGCGGAACCGAAAAGUGGCUGAAGCCUUUGCUCGAACUGGAAAGUCUAUUGAACAACUGGAAAAAGAGAUGCUGAAUGGGCAGAAGCUUCAGGGGCCCCAGACAGCUCAGGAGCUGCACAGCAUUCUGAAGCACAAGGGCUUGGUGGACAAGUUCCCCCUGUUUAUGGCAGUGUACCAGGUGUGCUAUGAGGGUCACCCAGUCCAGAAGUUUAUCCACUGCCUCCAGAACCACCCAGAACACAUGUGAACAGCGCCGGGGCUAGGUUACUGGAGAUCCCCAGCUCCCUGAACCUGGUUCCAGGGCACUCUGGGCCCCGACACCUUUUCCAAGACUUCACAGUUGCUCACUCUCAUCUCAACUGGAGGCCAAAUCAAACCCAAGCAGUUUACCUCAUCUCAGCUUGGGAAGUCCAGAAUUCUUGUGUCUUCCCCUCCUGCCACCUCCUCUCUUUCUUUUCCCUUUGGGGAUGGGGGAAAUGAACCUCAAUGCUCUCUGUCUAAUAGGGGGCCAGAAUGGCUGCUACAUUUUGCUAACCUACAAAAACUAUGCCCAAAGCUAAAAACCCUGUCCUCCAGUUCCCAUGCCCAACUGAGUGGCCACUGAGGCAACCAGCCGUGUCAGCUUCUUGUGGAAGUGAGAAAGUUGGGGCAGAUGUGGCCUAGGAGGUGGGCUGGGCUUGGGGGAGGGAGAGAAGAAAGGGGAGGAAGAUAGAGCCUCAUGAACUUCCCUGGCUCCAGCCUCACCAGGGGCACUGCCCUGUGUCAAUGGAUUUCAGUGUUUGUUACAAAAUACAAAGAUCUCAACUCCC